AUGCAGGAUGCUUUUCAUCUAAGCCUUAACUAUGCCGCGGUGCGCUCAGUACAAAUGACCAGCCUCAACAGACAACGGACGAAUAUCGUAUUUUCAACUUUGUUUGAGUCAGACCCUGAUGUCAACAUCAAGAGCUUCGGCGAUAGUCACCAGGUGAAGGAAAGACAGAAAGGCAGGAGCUUCGAUCAAACCAGCUGGCUCAAGCUGUCUCCUGCUGAGGUGACCAAGCAAGAACGAAUCUUCGAGACGGAUGGAAUUCUCAGAUGGAGCUCGAUUAGGUCUCCAUCGACAUCAAGGAUAGGGUUCUGUCGCAUUGGAUUAUCAUUUCAACAGUUUCUAGCCUCUUCAUCCUCAUAUGCAUCCUCUGGCUCAUUGAAAACCCAUCUCCCGGUAUCUCAGCUUUCGUCCCUCUUCAGGGAAGAAUCUUAUAUGCUCAUGCUCCGCUACACCAAUCAAACAUGCUAUGCGGAUAUCCUUUUAAAGAAUACGAGCACCGUCCAGGCACAGCUGAAGGCCUGGGCACAUGCUCUACUUGCUGUGCGAGUUUUGUCUACGUCCCUGAAAGGGGGCACCGCGAUUUCUAUCGACAGGGUUCUCAAUAUUCUAUCGACAACAUUGAACUUUCUCAACGAUAACGGACGGUUCGAGCAGUAUCUUCAAGCCUUGACGCAUGUGGGAUGGGAUGUGAACCUUGGUGCCUUGGAGACAAAGCCGGGACGGAGGGUGAUCAAUGAGAAUCAAUUUGCCCUUGUGUCCAGAGCGCCAGCCAAGAGCAUCCAUGGCACUGACGCCUAA